GGAGGAGCACAGCUGACCAAGAUAAACAACAACAGGAGUCCAGCAUGGCCGCCGCCAGCAUCGCCAGAGCCCCGACCUUCUGGAGGUCUAUAGUCUCCAGGACCUUUGCCACGGCCACUUCGAGAUGCCAAGAAGCUCAGGCGAGAGCUGAGUUUUAUACCAACGAGCACAAGGAAUUACAGAGGUCGCUGAAGAAACUGAUUGACACAGAGAUCAAUCCCCAUGUUGAUCAGUGGGAGGCAGAACGUCAGUUUCCUGCCCAUCAUGUGUUUAAGAAGCUAGGGCAGGCCGGCUUCCUGGGAGUUACAAAGCCUGAAGAAUAUGGUGGACUUGGUCUGGAUUACAGUUACAGUGUGGCAAUGUCAGAGACAAUGGGCACCAUCAACUGUGGAGCUAUUCCAAUGGCUGUGGCUGUCCAGACUGACAUGGCAACUCCUGCUUUAGCCAGGUUUGGUAGUCAAUACCUUAAAGAAGAGUUCCUAGUACCAAGCAUCUCUGGGGAUAAGGUGUCUUGUAUUGGCGUUAGUGAACCCGGUGCUGGCUCUGAUGUGGCCAGCAUACAGACCACAGCCAAGCGGCAAGGGGAUGAUUUUAUUAUCAAUGGUCAGAAGAUGUGGAUCACGAAUGCGUGGCAGGGUGAUUGGAUGUGUCUGUUGGCAAACACUUCCCAGGGUCCAGCUCACACAAAUAAAUCCCUUAUUUGUGUGCCUAUGGAUACUCCAGGUAUUCAUCUGACAAAGAAAAUUGACAAACUUGGAAUGCUGUCGUCGGACACCGCACAAAUUUUCUUGGAUAAUGUUAGAGUACCUGCCAAAAACUUGGUUGGAGACGAAGGAAUGGGUUUUACAUAUCAGAUGCUGCAGUUUCAAGAGGAGCGUUUGGCUGGAGCUGCGCUGACUCUUUCACCGAUGAACCAUUGCGUUCAGAGCACCAUUGAGUACACAAGGGAGCGUAAAGCCUUCGGUCAGCCACUGCUGAAUAACCAGUAUAUUCACUUCCGCCUUGCCGAGCUGGAAACAGAAAUUGAAUGUUUGAGGGCCUUGAUUUAUCGAGCAACUGAUAUGUAUGUAGCUGGAGAUGACGUGACAAAAUUAGCCUCAAUGUGUAAACUGAAAGCUGGUCGCUUGGCAAGAGAAGUGUCUGACUCAUGCCUUCAGUUCUGGGGUGGCAUGGGCUACACAAAUGAGGUUUUAAUAAGUCGGUGCUUCCGUGACAUGCGACUGGUUUCAAUUGGGGGUGGAGCAGAUGAAGUAAUGCUGGCUAUCAUCUGCAAGUUCAUGGGCACACUCCCUCAGUUACCUAAGAAGAAAUAAUAUACUAUGUUUAUUAACUCCUUGAAAUGGGUGAGCGACCUGAAAAAACUUAAUCAUUUGUAUCAUCUUCCAUGUCUGAUUCUAAAUUUAGUUAUAUAUAUAUCUUUCAUAUAUCUUAGGAACCUUAAAGACAUCUUUAUUUUAUGGAAAUAAUAAUAAAAAUAUAGCAUAGACUAGUUUGGCUAAUACAGCAAAGACUUUGAUGAUAUUUCAUCUUUUCUCCAUUGAAUUAUGUUUACAUAAUUUUAUAUUCAAUCUAAAUGUAUAUAUUUUAUAUAAUGUUCAUAAUUUAAUGAUUAAAUGCAGUUAUUACUAGUUAGAUAAAUUUUCUUAACAUUUGGUUUGAGAAAUAUUGAUCAAAGCAGUGAUGUAAUAACCAAGGCCUAUAUUUCAACCUAUCACUGUCAGCAAUCCAACUAAAUAAGAGAACUCGUUCCUUAUUAGUGUGCAGCUUAAAGGUUCAACCAUAGUAACCAAAGUAACAUACUGGUAAUAUCUAUACUCGAAACAAAUUGUUGAAUAAUCAAAUAUAAAUGGCCUAAUA